AUGGAUAUGGAAAACCUUGCUAGAAUAAAUAAAUAAGAAGCUGAAGAAAAUUAAGGGACUCAGAAAGAAGUAGAUCACUAAAAUCAAGUACCUGAUUCUGAAGUUUCUUAAUAAUUAUAAUAGUAAGAAACAGAAGGAAGAUAAAUUGAUAGUGAGGAUAAAGGCUCAAGUAAACCUAAUUACAAAAGUAUUUUAACAAUGGGUAAGAAAUAGUCAAAGAACUUUACAUAAAUAGCAAAAAAAGGUUAAAUAAAGAGAGAAUUUUCAUAGGACUUUUGA